AACCACGAGUCAGACGCUGACGACCUAUGAUGCUAUUUGACACUUCUGUUUAAGAUAAAUCAUAACUUGGAACAACAGAAGGCUAUUCACAUGUGGAGAGUGGAAGGUCUGGAACUGCACGAUAAUAUAAAUGAAGUUACUGGACAUAAUAACCGCAUAUAUUUUAUGUCUAUGGCGCAGGUUUUGCGGAUUUCAUUCUUCAAUAAUUCUUACUUUCAAGCUGGAUCCGCUAUAUAAAUAAGUGAGACCUAAUUAGCGCGCUUCUUGCGUUUGCAUUAAAACGUAGCCUGACAAUCUGCAUCGACGGGAUAGGAGCUUAUUCAGCCAAACAUUAGUAACAGACAAAUUACAAUUAACAUCAGGCUGUUACUUUCUUAGAAGAAACAACAAAUGAACUGCAAGGUGGUGCUUAUUCAUUCCCGGCUCCAUAAUGGACUUGAAAGUUAUAUUCGAGGAGAUGACCCGGCCAUUGCCAAGGAGUAUAGGCCUACUAUUGGCGUCUUUGACUUUUCUCUUUGCCAUGCUCCUGUGGCGCAGGAUCAGGCGGAACUGGGAAGUACACAGCCCGCCUGGACCGUUCGCUUGGCCGGUCAUUGGGAACGCUGUAGAGCUUGGCAACACUCCUCACCUCUAUUUCUCUCGCAUGUCACGGAAAUAUGGGGAUGUCUUUCAAAUCAAACUCGGCUGCCGGGACGUUGUGGUACUGAAUUGCGACGCAAUCAGGCAGGCGCUCAUCAAAAAGGGAUUUGAUUUCGCAGGCAGACCUGACUUUGCCUCGUUUCAAUACGUUUCCAAUGGCGAUGGCAUUGCUUUUGGUACAUUUAGCGAAUGGUGGAAAGUGCAUCGAAAAGUGGCCCAAUCUACUGUUCGGAUGUUUUCUACCGGCAACAUGCACACCAAAAAGGCCUUCGAAAACCAUGUUUUCUGCGAAGUAAGGGAGCUGCUCCAUAUUUUCCUGGUAAAAACUAAAGAGCACCAAUAUUUCCAGCCGAUGACAUACUUGGUGGUAUCAACCGCUAACGUAAUGACCGCCGUGUGCUUUGGAAAGAGGUAUUCAUACGACGACGCAGAGUUUGCUCAAGUGGUGGGACGAAAUUAUCAAUUCACCCAAACAGUGGGAGCUGGAAGCAUCGUGGAUGUUAUGCCUUGGCUCCAGUAUUUCCCCAACCCAAUAAAAAACAUGUUUGAAAACUUUAAAGAACUCAACCAGGAGUUCAGUAAAUUUAUCCUUAAUAAAGUUGUCGAGCAUCGAAAGACCAUUCAGUCAAGCACCAUCCGGGACAUGACAGAUGCUUUCAUCAUGGCAUUGGACCAUUCUCAGGACAGCUCACCAAGGGUCUCACCAGGCAAAGAUUAUGUGCCACCCACUAUCGGUGAUAUUUUUGGAGCAAGCCAAGACACACUAUCUACUGCACUCCAGUGGAUCAUUCUGAUACUUGUGAGGUUUCCUCAUAUUCAGCUGCGUCUCCAGGAGGAAGUAGACAAAGUGGUCGACCGGAGCCAUCUGCCCAUCAUCGAGGACCAGUCGCAGUUGCCUUACGUGAUGGCCUUCAUCUACGAAAUGAUGCGCUUUACCAGCUUCGUGCCGCUCACCAUCCCCCACAGCACCAUCACCGACACCACCAUCAUGGGCUACACCAUCCCCAAGGACACAGUGAUCUUCAUCAACCAGUGGUCCAGCAACCACGACCCCACCAAGUGGACUCACCCGGAGACCUUUGACCCCCUGCGCUUCCUGGAUCAGGACGGCUCGCUGAACAAAGACCUGGCCAGCGGCGUGCUCAUCUUCUCCUUGGGAAAGCGGCGGUGCAUCGGAGAGGAACUGUCAAAGAUGCAGCUGUUCCUAUUUACAGCAUUGCUGGUGCACCAGGCCCACUUUAGUCCCGACCCGGACAAGCCACCCACCAUUGACUACACCUACGGACUGACCCUGAAGCCCAAUAACUUCUCCAUAGCAGUGAGUCUACGGGACAGCAUGGAAGUCCUGGAGAAGGCUAGUCAAAAGCCCCUCUAUGGGGGGACUCAGUAGGACACGGGCAACUCCAGAUCAGACUGAGAAUAGAGUCAAAUCAAAACAAAUCAAAUGUAUUUAUAUAGCCCUUCUUACAUCAACUGAUAUCUCAAAGUGCUGUACAGAAACCCAGCCUAAAACCCCAAACAGCAAGCAAUGCAGGUGUAGAAGCACGGUGGCUAGGAAAAACUCCCUAGAAAGGCCAAAACCUAGGAAGAAACCUAGAGAGGAACCAGGCUAUGAGGGGUGGCCAGUCCUCUUCUGACUGUGCCGGG